GGGGACUUGAGAAUCCCUUCCUUACGAUGGACUCGUCUCCGCUCUCACGACUCCCACGAGAAAUCAGAGACCAGAUCUACCACGCGCUUUUCACAUCAAAAUAUGCCGUCACCUUACAGUCCGGACAUGUCCAACAUCCAUUGACGAAGACAUGUCGACAAAUACGCCAAGAAACUCUGGAUAUGUACUAUGCAUUGACGAGAUUCAAUGCACAUCUUGACGAUGGACCGGCGACACCAUUAGCCAAAUGGCUUACAGUUCUGGGACCAGAGCUCACGUUGAUCCUUGGAAAAGUGAACAUCUGGGUAAGUCUCCGGGCUAGAGAUGAUAGGAAUAUAGGGGACAUGCAUAUGCUCAAUGGCACGCUGUAUGGCGAAGAUAGGACGAAAGAAUUGCUAAAUCGUGAUUUCAACAAAGACGAGUCUUACGUCUUACGACCAAUCGGGAAUUGGGUCUUCAAUCGAGGCUGGUACCUGAAAGACAUCAUCCUAUCUUUGCAUUCCAUGGGACUGGGUCUCUCACGACUUUGCAUCAAGAACUCAUCUGGCGCCAACGCUCCGCUCAAGUUGACAUCGGAUUUUGCGAUUGUACGGUUGACCAAGGCGAACCAGGGAGAGAUCUUCAACGAUGAAUAUACUGAAGUCAAUAGUCUUGCGAAGCAAUUUGGGCUUACUGAACGGGCCAGAGAGAACUUGAUCUUACAACUUGCGGCUGGCGAGAGGACGGUGACGUUGCAGGAGAGGCAUAGGAAGUUGAUCUUGGAGUUUGGGGAGAGUGCGGGAACGAGGCUGACGAGUAUGAGGCAGGUCUUUACGAGUGAGUCUCUGGCCGAUGUGGACUGGGCAGCGCUGAGUGGUGGCAUUGAGGAUUCUCAUGAUUGAGAACAAUAAGCAUUGAGAGUCAGGGAGUAGCGGGGAUGUGUGGAUUCUACAGUCAGAC